AUGCGAUUAGAAUUGUGCUUGACUAUCACAAGGAAUACAAAGGAAGAAGAAGACGAAGAUGAGGAAGAAGAAGAAGAUGAGGAAGAAGAUGGAGAUGAGGAAGAAGUAGCGUCAAAACAAGUGCCUCUUCUGGAUUGGCCUGCGUGCUCCCCCGAUCUCAACCCCAUUGAGAAUCUGUGGGGAAUGCUUGCUCGUCGAGUUUAUCACAAUUCCACACAAUACGCAAAUGUUCAAGCACUCAAAGAUGCCAUUAUCCGCGAGUGGAAUGCUAUUCCAAGAAGCACCAUCAAGAAGCUAGUUGACAGCAUGCCGAGUCGAAUAUUUGACGUGAUCAGUCGCCAGGGACAAGCAACAAAAUAU